AUGUGGAAUGACAUUGAUAGCCUCCCCCCUGUCUGGAAGAGCCUAAACCUCCAGAUUUUGCUUUUGCAAAAGAAUCGCCAAUUACUUUGCUCAACUGAAUUCUUUAGUGGGUUGGAAGCACUUAAAGUGUUGGAUCUAAGCUAUACUAGAGGUAAUCUAUUUAAGGUUCUUGGCAUUAAUCACCUAGCAGGUCUACAGACAUUGAUCCUAGACGGUACGAUUGUGCCCGUGGACACUAAAUUUCUUGGACAUAUGAAGACUAUUGAAGUUCUUAGCCUUAAAAAUUCUGUUUUGCCUAGUCCACCAUUGGAACUUCGGGAAUUGAGCAAGCUGAGGUUACUGGAUAUGAGUUAUACUUGGCACAGUUCACUCAUUCCAGCCGAGGUGAUGUUAGGUCUAUCCCGAUUGGAAGAGUUGUAUCUGUUUAACACCUUCAUCAAUGAGGUACCUGAACCUGCAGUUGAAGUAGCUGUAGUAAACUCUUUGUCUCACCUAUCUGCCCUAGAGAUUUCAAUAAUGGAUACUGAAAUUUUGCCCCAGGACUUCAUAUUCCCUGAUGUGGAAAAUUUUAGAAUUGAAAUGGAGGUUCUAGUGGUUUGGAACUGCAGAGAGUUUGAGUGCUUGAUCAAUAGAGAUGAGGAAAUGGAGAUAGCAAUUCCAUUACAUGAGGAGGAGCGGAAUCUGCUGCAAUUGUUACCUAACCUUGAAGAAUUGAUACUUUUUGAUUUGGAUACCUUAAAAGGGAUAUGUCAUGGUGCAAUACCUUCCAGCUGGGAGAUCAUGACCAAACUAAAAGUCUUGGCUGUUUUGUCUUGUCCUCAAAUGUCAAGUCUUGGUUUUCAUAUCAAUUUGCUUCAAAGGCUACAAUUUCUUGAAAGACUUGUGUUAAAUAAUUGUUAUGCGUUACAGCUUGUGUUUGACGGCCAAAGUGGUGAUGCGCAUGUUGCCGUGGAUGAAGGAAAUGAGCUGUGUCUGAAUGACAUAUCUCUAUCAAACUUGCCUAGUUUGAAUCAAAUAUGCAACUGCCCGGGUCGAAUCGUACACCUCCACAACCUGAGACGCCUCGAGAUUGAAAAAUGUAGGAGGUUGAAAAAUCUCUUCCAAUCUUCAGUUGCCCAAACUCUUCAGAAACUGGAUAUACUGAAAGUAUAUGACUGUAAAGGAAUAGAGGAAAUUGUUGUAGCAGAGGGUGAUAAGCAGAAAGUCGCGGAGAAGAUUCUAUUUCCUAGUCUCAAAAUUCUGGAACUCACAGAUCUUACCAACCUCAAAUGUUUCUGCAUGGGAGGCUUUCAUUUUGAAUGGCCGUCAUUGGAAAGCUUAUAUGUUGAAGAGUGUCCAAAUACGAAGACUUUUGUUGCAACUGCUGCUACUAAUCGGACUCAAAGCAAUCCAAAACUGAAGAAUAUUAUUGUGGAUGAUUAUGAGAGUUUGGUAGAAGAGGGAGAGUCGGUAGACUUGAACAUAGUUAUCCAAAACCACGUCAAAGCAGUGGUACAUGAUAGGAAUACCAUUGACUCCGACUCCGACUCCGACUCCAAUUUAAAGGAAAUAGCAUUCAUCGAGGCUUUAAAAUUGGUACCUGGUUUCAAUUUUAUGCGUCUUCACCACGUAGCUGCAAAGAUCAACGAUGGCGAUGGGUUUGCAAGACGCAGAAGCAUAAGGCAGUGAUAGUGAGCAGCUUCAUUUGAGGUGACACUCUUGUGCACUCCGGCACACUCAGGCAAUCACUCAGGUGACCAAGGAAGCAGUGAUUACUGCUCUGCGCGACACUCAAGCGGAGGCAACAACUCUGGUGACCUCUCCGACGAUGAAAAGCAGCUAAAGGAGGUGACAACUCAGGCGACCACUCCAGAUCGUUAAGGUAAAAUGACUGUCCUCUCAUCGUUUCUCCUUUCUCCAGGAGUUGUACUUCAAUUUUCCUAAGAAUAACCUUCAAGAUCUUGUUGCAAAUCUGCCAAUAAAACACACAGAAAGUACUGAUUAAUGAC